GCAGUGUGGUACCACACGCAAGACAUUGCAGCACUCAGCCACUGCCAUUUGCUUCAUUAUUUUACUGUCCCAAUGGAAGAUAUUCAAGAUAAAAAUACAGUUGACUUUCAAUAAAAUUUUUAACACAUAAAACCUAAAAAUUAUUUUGUAGGAACACCGACAUUUUAUUACGGAAUUGGUUGAAAUGGCGGAAGACUAUGGGAAUAACCAAUCUUCAUCAACUUCUGUAAAAAGAUGGGGUGUACUCAAACAGCAUAUUUUAGAUAAUAAAAUUAAUUUUGCAUUGUGGACAACACGGAUCAUCACUAUUCUAUUUUUUAUUCUAUAUUUAAUUCCGAUUGUGGGAAAUCCGUACGAUGCAUACUACAAAGUCCUGAUGAGUAGUGCAGCCACGAGUGCUCUCAGACUUCACCAGAGAAUUCCGAGAAUUCAAUUAAAUUUACAGUUUAUUGAACUUCUGCUGGUGGAAGAUUCAUGCCAUUAUUUACUAUAUUCGUUGAUAUUUUUAUAUGCAUCACCUGUGACAAUGGUUUUAUUACCAGUAUUUUUAUUCGCAGUAUUACAUGCAGCAAGUUAUUCUCUGACAUUACUAGAUGCUCUUGGACAAAAUUGUUGUUGGCCUGCACGACUUUCGAUAUCUUUAGUAGAAUUUCAGUCACGCAAUAUUUUACGACUCUGUGCAUUUUGUGAAAUACUGAUUCUACCUCUCACACUUAUUCUAGUGUUUACUGGACGAGCUGGAUUGUUAACACCAUUUAUAUAUUAUCACUUUUUCAAAAUGCGCCUUUCUUCACGAAGAAAUCAAUUUACCCGCAAUACUUUCCACGAAAUGAGAGGUGCUUUAGGAUCAGUGUCACAAAAACCUGCAGUGCCAGGGAUUAUUCGAUGGUUAAUAAAUACUAUCUUGAGCAUAACAGCACAAUUGGCUCCGAAUCCUGUACCACAGUAACAUUUGUACAUACUUUUGUAAAUCAAUUUUAUUUCAAAUGGUUAAUUUCAGCUUAAAAUAUUGUAAUUUUUUGUAUCUGUAUCGUCUAUAAAAUAAUACUUUUUGUGUUACAAUA